CUGACUCCCAACUACCAUCCCCCCAUAUACCAUCGUUGAUACUAACAAUACAGGCCUAUCCAUAGUCAAUUUCGCCUUCGCAGUGCUCCAGCUUUUGCGACAGGCUCCCGGGAGUAUCACUGGGCCAUGGUCCGCGCAGCUGCUACAAGUCCUACUGCUUAACACUCACCUCCCCACUUCGAACUCACCUCGACUCAUCUACCCUUUACGGUCUUCCAUACCGCUUCCUUCCUGUCCCGAUUCUGUCGCUGGUAUUAUGCAAGUCGCGCGCUCCUUUCCUUCAGGUUCCUCCUCCCAGCCCGCCAUGUAUCCCAAUUCCGCGCCACAUGGGAUGAUGGCCGCGCCAUCGUUCAACCGCUCCUUCUCCGACCAUAACGGCCUCCAGCAACACGCCAUGGAUAAGCCUCAAAUAUAUACGGCUGUAUACUCGGGCGUUUCCGUGUACGAAAUGGAGGUCAACCGAGUCGCAGUCAUGCGGAGGCGAUCGGACGGCUGGCUCAACGCUACACAGAUCCUCAAGGUCGCGGGUGUCGACAAAGGCAAGCGCACGAAGGUGCUGGAAAAAGAAAUUCUGACUGGCGAGCACGAGAAGGUGCAGGGAGGUUACGGAAAAUACCAAGGCACAUGGAUCAAUUACCGCCGCGGGAGGGAGUUCUGCAGGCAAUACGGCGUCGAAGAUAUUCUCCGGCCUCUCCUCGACUACGACAUCACCGCUGAAGGAAAUGCAGGGCAAGGCAUAGAGACUCCGACCAAAGAGCAGGCCAUGGCAGCAAACAGGAAACGUUUCUACACGCAAAGCAUGGACGGCCGCCCUUCGACCACAAACCUUGGCGGUACCUUUUUCUCUAAUAUCUCCUCAACGGCGACGAGCGCACUUGCCGCCAUGAACAAAGUUGCACGAUUGAAUUCACCCGCUCCACGACCUGCAAGCUCAUCGCAAGGACGUCACCACAGCAUGAGCCGGCCCUCACAAGGACCAAUGGGAAGCCAGGGAUCCUUCCGAGCCAGUAGCCAGCAGAGUGUACAGAGCCUUCAUUCCGAGCGCAGCUUCGGCGCAAAUGGUCACGCAGACUCCGCGUAUGGGACCGGAAUGGAUGGCGAAGUUUCGGCGGAGCCACCCAGGAAACGUAUGCGGACAGAAGAGUCUUUCUCACAACCCAACGGUGCUGACAUCUCAAUGCGCGACCAUGGAUCACCUACUGAACCUAGCGAAUCAUUCUACCAGACGAGCCAUCAGCUCACCACGGCCGAUGGAGAAGUUCCCACUGCAUUGCCUCCCUUGCCUCACCCAAGCGAUAAGCUCGCGGAGGAGAAGCAGGCCAUGCUGACAGACCUCUUUGCAGACCAAUCGCGGACCGAUUUCACCAACCACCCCGCGAUCCUCCAUCUCUCUGGCGCAGAUCUGGAUAUGCCCAUCGAUAAUAGCUCUAAUACGGCGUUACAUUGGGCAGCCACUCUUGCGCGCGUGUCGUUAAUGCGGCUUCUGGUAUCCAAGGGAGCAAACAUGUUCCGCGGCAAUGCUGCCGGGCAGACACCUCUGAUGAGUGCCGUCUCUGUUAAUAACAGUCUUGACCACAGCUGCUUUCCGGAGACGCUGGAGAUUCUCGCUCCACUGAUUGAGCUCCGAGACGCCCAAGGACGAACAAUCCUCCACCACAUAGCGGUUACGUGUGCCAUUAAAGGGCGAGCAGCCUCCAGCAAAUACUACCUGGAAGCAUUGCUUGAGUAUCUUGUCCGGAGCAACAUUGGGAUUAGCCAGCCGGGGUCGUUCGAGGGCAGCGUCAAUUAUCCAAAGCCGAUUGGAUUGAUGCGAUUCAUGCAGGAGAUGGUGAAUGCGCGAGACAAAGCCGGGAACACGGCACUCAACCUAGCAGCAAGGAUAGGAAACAGGAACAUCAUCUCGCAACUGAUGGAGGUUCAGGCCGAUCCGUCGAUACCCAACCACAAAGGCACGAGGCCGGUCGAUUUUGGCGUGGGUACUGAUGCGGAUGUGCAGGUGUCGUUGGAGGCUAGUAGCCCGAGCAAGGGCAAAGCACCGCUCACGAAGGUAGAAGAGACGAGUCGGGAGAUUCAACCUCUCAUGAGCGGAAUUCUUCAAAGCGCCAGCAUGCAAUUUACACAGGAAGCAAGACUAAAGCAAGAUAAUAUCGACCGGACAAAUGAGCAGAUUGCACAGCUAUCUGCAUUACAAAAGACCGAGCAGCAACGCUUAGAGUCACUACGAAUACGACUUCGCACCCGUCACGACCGGGCCAAACGCAUCACAAAUCUCCGCCGCUGGCUCGAACUCCAAAAACAUAACCUCUCCGUCAGCACAGGCACCGACAUCCGUGAGAGACGCAAAGUGGGCUACGCAGAUACGGACGGCGCAAUGGUUGUCGUCCGCAGCGAGGACCUCCCCGCCGAAGUGCGUGCAGCAGGCGAUCUCCUCCUAACCAACUCUUCCGACGGCGCAUCGUACGUCCAAACGCCCCUCCCAAUCGACGUAUCUACACUCGGCCGCGACCACGCCUCCGCCAUUGCCCAGCUCCCCUCCAUACAAACCCUCCGCCACCGCCUCGAUGUCUACGUCCGCAAUAACGAAGCCCUCGCCGACCGCCGCCAGAAGCUCAAGGAAAAGGACGGCCAGCUCGAAAUGAUGUACCGGAAAGUCGUAUGCCUCUGCACCAAGACGGACGAAGAUCGCAUCGACAGCGUGCUGGAGGGUCUCGUGCAAGCGCUCGACAGCGAUCCCCUCGACGGCGUGGAGGUCGGACGCGUAAGGGAGUUCCUGAGGAAAGUCGAGGGCGCCGAUGCUUAACGCAUUUCGUUUUUUCCAUUCAUGUACCACCACCGACUACAUUUCACGGUGGUCUUUCUCUUUUUUUCCAACUUGGCCAAGGCUAGUGUACCGUAACCGUACCAUCAUUGCACCGUUUGCUCCCAGAAGAGCCUUUCUCCUUGCAUCUUCUGCCUCCACUUUGACUAAAAUCCCUUCGGGAUGUGCGCACGCUGAUUCUUGACCACGGGAAUCUUGAAGUUCAUGUUCAUGUUCAUAUAAAUAUACCUACCUUACCUUACCUACCUAGAUAGGUAACUAAAUUAAAGCAUCGAUAUCUCGG